GGAAGAAUCCCUAUCCACAGCGCAACAUCAAAGGAAAAUCGACGGAGUCAGCCUUACAUGAAAUUGUGGGGUUCAUAGAAAAACCACUGCACUUCAAGCAAAACACUUUAGCCGCAUUCCUGGAUAUUGAAGGCGCCUUCAACAAUAUUGAAGUAGACACCCUUAUCCAAUCACUCAUAGGGGUUGAUGUUGACGGCGGUAUGGUUGGUUGGUCUCUCGCUUCCUUUUCGUUGCAGCAACAAGUUGUCGAGCUAUCGGGCUACGUAAUUAUUUUGGUGAAAAAUGUUGAGGGCAAAAUUAAGCUGUACGGCUCACCGCCCGAUCGCGAUAAUCUGGAAGUGGGCGAUGAGAUACUCGAGGUCAACGGUCUGACCUUGGAGAAUAUCUCGUAUGCGGAAAUUAUACGUCACAUCUAUGAGUGCAUAAAAUCGUGCACAAUUUGCUUGCGUGUACGCAAAAAGAAUGACACCAGAUUGGCCUGGGACAUUGGCAAUUCGGUGCAGGAGGCCUUCGUUAUUGCUGUCGAGGAGCAUGCGCGUGAGCGACUGAAACGUUUGGCGGCGUUGAAUCGGGUAACGCCGGUGGACAUAACGGAGGUAUCGAAAACGCUGCAGCAGACGAAGAGCGGCUCACAGUCGACACAGAAACAGGAUCUGAGCUUCCUCAACGAGGCCUCGCCCAUUUACGUCACCUCGUUCACCAGCACUCAGAUUACGUGCAGCAGCUCGACAGUCACCACCGCCACCGCAGCAACUGCCGGCCUCAUUACCUCGUCGACGUUUGCGCCAACCGUCGCGGCAACGGCGACAGGCAUCACCACAACAGCAGCUGUUGUGCACGCGUCGGCGGUGCAGAGCUCGGUGGGUGUAGCUGAUCGCAGCUCUCAUCAGACGACAGCAGCGAUUGUGGGCGCAAGCACAGCGGCGGCAGUGGCCGCGGCCACAGCAACGAAACUAGCCAACCACAGCAGCAGCAGCAUUUACCAGCAACAACAAUUGCCGCAGCACCCACAACAGCAGACGGCAGUGACUGCCGCACCGAAAUCAGCGAUCGCAGUUACUAACUACACUUAAUGACGAUGGCCGACACUUUGAUACGGAUGCGGCAAAUAGCAACAACAAUAAUAUCAAUACACAAAGCGGCGGCGUCGUCGGCAGUAGUAGCA